GUAAAAUCGACUAUUACUUAUACCAGUAGAGUAGUUGAAACUUGAAAGCUGUUGCUUCAGUUUGUACUUUGUAGCUGAUCGGAACGAGAAUUAGUUAUUAGGGUUCGAACCGUCACACACACAAAAUCUAUCUAAUUGUAUCAGUCUGAGCUGCACUACAUUCUUGUACAAUCCAAUCGAAUUUUCAGAAGAAGAGCGAGGAUGCAGAAGAAGAUGAAGAAUUCAUGUUUCAUUUCAUCUUUCUUCUUCUUAUCGGUGUUUUAUUUGUUGAUUUUGAUCGAUAGAUCGGCAGCUUCUUCGUCGAUUAAUCUACUAGGAGUCUCUCCACAAGAUUUGAGUUAUUACUCGGGCUCCUCGUCGGUUAUUAAGUGUAAAGAUGGAUCUAAGAAAAUUAAUAAGUCACAGCUUAAUGAUGAUUUCUGUGAUUGUCCUGCUGAUGGCACUGAUGAGCCAGGAACGUCAGCAUGUCCUAAUGGAAAGUUCUACUGCAAGAAUGCGGGUCAUAUUCCUGUUACUCUGUAUUCUUCUAGAGUCAAUGACGGCAUAUGUGAUUGCUGUGAUGGGAGUGAUGAGUAUGAUGGUAAGGUUAUGUGCCCCAAUACUUGUUGGGAAGCUGGAAAAAUGGCUAGGGAUAGAUUAAAGAAGAAGAUCACAACAUAUAGCGAAGGUGUCACUUUAAGGAGAAAGGAAAUUGAACAAUCGAAAUUGGCUGCAGAAAAGGAUGCUGCAGAACUCACAAAACUGAAAAAUGAGGAGAAAAUACUUAAGGGGCUGGUUCAGCAACUUCAGGACCGCAAAGAGCAAAUAGAGAAGGCAGAAGAGAAAGAACGUUUGCAAAAGGAAAAUGAACGCUUGCAAAAAGAGAAAGAAGAGAAGGAGAAGAAAGAUUUGGAAGAUAAAGAAAGUGAUAACAAUGCUCCGGACACGGGUAACACUGGAGGAGUCACUACGGAAAGUACAGAUGAUGACCAUAUUGGACUAGUGGAAGAUUCUCCUCCAUUGGAGGAUGUGACAGUACAUGGAAAAUCUGUAGAUGAACAUCAACAUAGUGAUGAUAAUGAAGAGGCGCGGUCUUCAAGCGAAGGAGAGCACACUGCAACUGAGGAAGCUUCAGCAGUUGCGCCUGAAGCUGGCAUCGACACUGCAAGCAAGGGAGAUGAUGCAUCUGAUAAUACUGAAUCUUUGUCAAAGGAAGAGUUAGGUCGCAUUGUUGGCUCACGUUGGACUGGGAAAAAAAGUGAUCAGGAAAGUGCAGAGGCUGACUCUGCUGCUGAUGAUGAGGAUCAUGAAGAGCAGACAAAAAAUAUAGAGGAUGAAGAAUAUAACAGCUAUGAGUCAGAAACUGAGGAUGAGCACUCUACAUACGAUGAUGAAGAAGCUGAUGACCAUGUUGAGGAUUUGGAAGAGGAUGCUAGCGAACCUACUAGUUCUUCAUACAAAUAUGAAACAGAUGAUGAUUCAGAAUUGACAGAUAUUUCAAGCAGAAGUAACCCAUCUUGGUUGGAAAAGAUACAAAAUACUGUUCGAAACAUUCUUCAGGCCGUUAAUUUGUUCCAAACUCCAGUUGAUAAAUCAGAGGCUGCACGUGUGCGAAAAGAAUAUGAUGAGUUGAAUGCCAAGUUAUCUAAGAUACAGUCAAGAAUUUCAAGCCUGACACAAAAAGUUAAACAUGAUUUUGGAAGCGAGAAGGAAUUCUACUCAUUAUAUGGUCAAUGUUUAGAGAUGAAGGAGAACAAAUAUGUUUAUAAAGUAUGCCCUUUCAAACAAGCUACCCAGGAAGAGGGACACGGUUCAACUCGUUUGGGGAGCUGGGACAAAUUUGAGGAUUCGUACAGAAUCAUGCGUUUUUCCAAUGGAGACAAAUGCUGGAACGGUCCUGACAGAAGUUUGACGGUAAGGUUAAGAUGUGGAUUGAAAAAUGAGAUCACCGAUGUAGAUGAGCCAAGCCGCUGCGAAUAUGAAGCACUAUUAUCAACUCCGGUUGUUUGCCUAGAAGAAAAACUUAAGGAAUUGCAAGAUAAGUUAGCUUUGAUGAACAAGGAACAACCUCAAGGUCAUGAUGAACUUUGAAAUUUAUGGCAAGAUGCCUCAUAUUGUGCUGACUGAUCUAUGUGAUUGUUCUUUUUUACGCUGGGAACAUUUUGGUCGCUUCAGUGUUGUCACCAACUGCAACCCUUGUCUGCAAAAUUUUAGCAAGAUAUGAGCCGACUCACUUAUAUGUAUCAGUUAUAGAGCUUCCUGUUACCCAGAUCAAAGAAUCCUCGUUGAAAUGUUUAGUGAAAUUUUUAAAGGAAUAACAAACAGAACUAGUAUAGCAUGGUUGGUAUUGAGAAGAUGUGGGAAGUCCGGCAAAAGGAAGAAUUCCAUCGAAAUUUAACUUGCUGCAAGGCUUUUACUGUUUUGUUUAUGCUACUGAUAUCAAUUAUAGUCUUUACCUCUACCUGGACACAUCAGUAGCUUUAUUAUACUUAUGGAAAAUGAGGCAUUUAGGUAUGUAUUUUCCGUGUUUCAA